AUGGCUGAACCAAAUAUAGAUGAUACGAGUCUGAUGAGAAUAUCAAGUAUAGAUGAACAACAACGUCAUCCUCGAGCAAUUCUUCAAGCAACUCCAUCAAUAAUCAGUUCUGAUGGUAUUAGUUUACCUGGUAGUAUUCUUGAUAUUCUUGAUCGUAUAUAUUCAAGUCGAGCUCAUCGACGAUGUAUGGAUUUAAGUUAUCUUACAUUACUUGCAAUGACAUUAGGAGUUGUUUUUUGGAUAUCUUAUUGGUUAACAUCUAAUCGAUGUCACAAUUUAAAAGAUCCUCAAACAAAUUCAUCUCUUUGUAAUGCUGUUAUUCUUUUUGAAGUAAUUACAAUAAUAUCAGUUUGUAUUUCACCAAUUUUAUUAAUAAUUACGAUUUAUUUUUGGAUACAAUAUUCAUGUUCUAAUCCAUUAGAUCCAAUUCGAGAAAAAUAUCUUGAAUUAAAAUUAGAAAAUAAUCAAUGGAAACAACAAUUAAAUUAUUAUUUUCAUCAAAAGAAAACUAAAUAUUCACAUUGGUGUUAUCGUAAAAAAGAAAGAAAGUUAAAUGAUCGAGGUUAUGGUUAUAUUAUUUUAUCACCACAUGGAAUUGUUCUUGAUGAAUUAUUACUUUUAAGUGCUCGAAAUGAUAUUGUUGAUGAUGGAACUAUAUUUCCUAAUGAAAAAAUUUUGAAAUUAAGUUUUAAAAAAACUUGUAGAAGACCUUGGAAAAUUUAUCUUUCAAUUUAUUUACCUGAAAAUUAUGUUGAACAAGGCUAUAUGGAAAAGUUAACGCAAUUAUUAAAAAUUCAAAUCAAUAUUGACAAUAGUCAACCACUUCGUCCUUGA